AUGGUGGGCCCGAAAGAAUACAAAUCUACAUCAGAGGCUUCAACAUCUGUUCCCAACAUAUUAAAACUUUAUAUUUCCAACUCGUCCAAACAAGAAGGAGCUGCUGAAUCAAAACAAACUUUCAAAGGAUGUUACAAUCUUCAAGUUAAAAAGUUGUUCGAAAAUGCUGGGUUUGGAAAAGGAGAGCCUCGUAAAUUAGGUGAUCUUGAUGCUGUCCUUUCAGAAGGGCGUCCCCCUUUUGCAGAAGAGAAAUCUGAACAGUCGAAACCUUUAGUGUUCGAUCGAAUUGAAAAUGAGAAUGCGAAAGUUUUGGAGUUUAAAAGGUUAAAAGGAGAACCCUCCCCAAUGGUCGAUGUAAAAGAAGACCCAAAACCAGUAUUUGUAAGUGCCCUUCUCAGUCAAAAGGAAGAAUCUGAGUACAUUAGUAUGCUUCACGAAUACAAAGACGUGUUUGCAUGGUCUUACAAAGAAAUGUCGGGGUUAAAUCCUAAGAUUGCAGUGCAUCAUCUUGCAAAGAACGGGCAACUACGAAUUUACGUUGACUUUCGGGAUCUAAAUCAAGCAUGUCCGAAAGAUGAUUUUCCACUUCCAAUAACAGAGUUGAUGGUGGAUGCAACUACCGGAUAUGAAGUCUUAUCUUUCAUGGACAGGUUUUCCAGAUACAACCAGAUACGGAUGAACCCAAAAGAUGAGGAACUCACAUCAUUUCGUAACCCUAAAGGCAUAUAUUGUUACAAAGUUAUGCCUUUUGGAUUAAAAAAUGCGGGGGCAACCUACCAGCGGGCAAUGCAAAAGAUUUUCGAUGAUAUUUUACAUAAGAACAUUGAAUGUUAUGUGGAUGAUCUUGUUGUUAAAACAAAAAGACGUGACGGUCAUUUACAAGAUUUACGAGAUGUUUUCAAAAAACUUCGAAAACAUCAAUUAAAGAUGAAUCCGUUGAAAUGUGCAUAUGGCGUCACCUCUAGAAAAUUUCUCUGCUUCGUUGUUCGACACCGGGGCAUUGAAAUAGAUCAAUCAAAAAUUAAAGCUAUAAUCAACAUGCCAGAGCCAAGAAAUGUACAUAAGUUGAAAAGUCUUCAAGGAAAACUUGCAUACAUUCGAAGAUUUAUCUCUAAUCUAGCCAGACGUUGUCAUCCAUUCAACAAAUUGGUGAAGAAAGAUGUACCAUUUGAAUUGGAUGACGCUUGUCAAAAUACUUUCCAAAGCAUUAAACAAUAUUUAUCUCGUCCACCAGUACUCACAGCUCCAGUUCUAGGGAAGUCGUUGACUCUUUAUGUUGCAGCACAAGAAUGUUCUCUAGAGGCACUUCUUGCCCAAGUUAACGAAGAAGGAAAAGAGAAUGCACUCUAUUACUUGAGCCGGACACUGGUAGGCGCUGAAAUGAAGUAUUCGACUAUUGAAAAAAUAUGCCUCACGUUAAUCUUCGCAGCUAAAAAGUUGAGGCAUUAUAUGCUAUCACACACAAUCAAUCUUGCCAUUAAAGGACAAGCUUUGGCGAAUUUCCUUGUUGACCACCCAAUUCCAGCAGAAUGGGAACUUCAAGAAGACCUUCCCGAUGAAGAAGUUCUAUUCACCGAAAUCAUACCAUCAUGGAGGCUAUACUUCGACGGGGCAGCCCGAAGUUAUGGUACCGGAACAGGAGUGGUCUUUAUCACUCCUCAUGAUCUCGUCAUAACCUACUCAUUUGCUUUAACAGAGAAAUGUUCGAAUAAUGUGGCGGAAUAUCAAGCUCUUAUCAUCGGCUUAGAGACAGCUUUGGAUAUGGAUAUUCACCAGCUGGAAGUCUUUGGGGAUUCUAAAUUGAUAAUCAACCAACUUUUAGCUGAAUAUGAAGUCCGUAAUUUAGACUUGAAGCCAUAUUAUGAACAUGCGGCAAUACUUAUGAGACGAUUUGUUUCGAUAAAAAUCAAAUUCGUCCCAAGAAGUGAAAAUAAGGAAGCUGAUGCCUUAGCUAAUUUGGCUGCUGUUUUAGCUAGAUCAGAUGAAGAAUUUUCCCACUCCAUAUCAAUUGCUCAAAGAUGGGUGCUUCCGUCAUUGCUACCUAGUAAUUUGGAAGAAAACAAUAGUGUCGAAGUAGUCGAAGAUGAGGAAAGAGAAGAUUGGAGACAACCAAUAAUCGAUUUCCUUCAACAUCAAAAGCUACAAGAUAAUCCAUGGCAAAAAAUAGAAAUCAAGAGGCGUGCCUCUCGCUUUAUCUUUUAUAAGGGAACACUUUAUCGACGAUCAUUUGAUGGAGUUUUCCUUCGAUGCCUAAGUAAUGAUGAAGCAACGCUGGUCGUGGAAGAAGCCCUCUCUGGAAUUUGUGGUGCCCACCAGUCUGGACCCAAACUCCAUUUUCGAAUAAAGAGGAUGGGAUAUUACUGGCCAACUAUGUCUUCAGCAGGGCAUGCAUACAUCUUCGUCGGGACCGACUACUUCUCUAAGUGGGCCGAAACCAUACCAUUGAAGGAAGUAAAGAAAGAAAAUGUCGCAGAUUUCAUUCGUAUCCAAAUCAUUUAUCGAUAUGGUGUCCCGCGACAUAUCAUAACUAAUAAUGGCAAGCCAUUUUGUAAUAGCCACAUAAACAAUUUAUGUGCAAAGUUUGGAUUCAAACAGUACAACUCGUCCAUAUACAAUGCGGUAGCUAACGGAUUGGCAGAGGCAUUCAACAAAACACUAUGCAGUCUGCUAAAAAAGGUUGUCUCCAAAUCAAAAAGAGAUUGGCAUGAGAAAAUCGGUGAAAUCUUAUGGGCUUAUCGAACUACUUAUCGGACUCCAACACAAGCCACUCCUUAUGCCUUAGUAUAUGGGGUGGAAGCUAUCCUUCCCUUAGAGUGUCGAAUUUUGUCACUUCGAAUUGCUAUCCAAGAAGGUUUGACAACUGAAGAAAAUGCCCGUCUUCGAUUCGAAAAGCUAGAAGCUUUGGAUGAAAAAAGGUUAGAAGCACAAAUGCACCUAGAGUGCUAUCAAUCUCGAAUGGCCAAAUCUUUCAACAAAAAGGUGCGACCAAGAUCAUUUCAAGUUGGAGAUCUGGUACUUUCCAUGCGCAGGCCAAUCAUAAUCACAAGAAAAACAGGGGGCAAAUUCCAGCUUAAGUGGGAUGGUCCAUUUCUUGUUACUCAUACAUUCACUAACGGAGUGUACAAGAUUGUUGACAAAGAUGGACUGCAAAUCGGACCUAUCAACGGAAAAUUUUUAAAGCGUUUUUAUGGGCUUUUACUCCCUUUCGGUCGAGGUAGACCUUCGAAACCCUCUGACCAGUAG